AUUCCAUAGCGGUGUCGAAUUCCAAAGCACAAGCCGGCAUAGGCUGAAGGGCGCUGGAGAGGGAGUGUCGCGCUACAGCUGCAAAGUGGACUGACAAAAAACGAGCACGCCCACAAAUGCAAACUGCUUCACAGUGGUUCGUAGGCCUUAAGAAGCCUAAUACAAAGGGCUGUUUUAGGCGGAGAAAGGCUUUGCCCGCACGUAGCGUAAAAUAAGUUUUGAAGCGGGACUAAGGAAGGAGGGACGCCCACGGUUGUGAGAGGCGGGGGAAGGGGACAAGUGCGGACGAAGGCCUGGGGUCAAGGCGUGUCGAACCCCAUCGCUAGGCAAGGGCUGAAGGUAGUAAGCAUGUAGCCUCGGUAGGCUAUUUGUUAAGUCCUGUUUGGUGUAGAAUCGUGUCAGUAGGCAGUGAGAGGCUCGUUAGUGCACGGCACGCUAGUUUUGUGUUUCGGAAAAUGGGCCGACAAGGGCCCUCGACAGUGCAGGGUGUGCAGCGGUCGUUAAAGCUAGACGCCGCCAAACCUCUCAGUAAGGCGGAUCAGAAGUUUAUGGAGGCAGAGGACAAGAAGAUCAGCGCAGCUAUGCAGGCUUGCGACGAGCAGAUCGCUAAGCUCGCCAAGCCCCGGGCCACGAGGGCGGGGCAGACGGGCCCGGCAGAGGCCAAGUACGCAGCCGAUAAGCUGGCUCUGGAGCAGCAGCGUGAUCAGGCGAUUGUGGCGAUUCGGCAGGGCGCCACAUUCAAGCAACUGCAGGCGCGCGUUGCUCGGCGCAAACUGCUGUUGGCGCGACUGGCGGAGCUGCAGGCGCAAGCGCAGCAGGAACUGCCAGAACUGGCAGAGGGAGCGAGCGAGGACGAGGCCGCGGACGAUGACGGUGAUGACGAUGACGGUGAGGAGUUGGAGAAUGUGGAUGCACCGCUAGGGCCAGGGGUGAUCGCGGGUGGGACGGUUCAGAACAAGCAGCCGCAGAAGCAGAAGCAGACUGGUCAGCGGCAGCAACAGCUGGGGGGCAGGGCAGUGCUGGCGAGCGGACAGAAGGGCGCGGCACGGGCGACGAACAAGCUCACGCGUUCUCCCUUCCUUUCUCCCGAUGACUCGGACUCCGAGCUGCUGGGGGAGCUUUGGGAGGAGGAUGCUGAGACGGAGGCCCUGCGGCGGGCAGCGGGCCGGCGGUCCAACAAGGACCGCCUACAGCAGCUGCUGGCGGCCGGCGCUCCCACGCAGCCGCCGCCGCAGCUUGCUGCGCUGCCGCAGGUGGACUCCGUGGCCGCGCUUAUGAGUGGCUUGGCGCAGGAGAAGGCGACCGCACAGCUGCUGCAGGACAUCCCUUUCCUGCAGCAGAUUGCGACGGCCACAGGGGCGCGCGCGCCCACAAAGAAGCCCAGCGCGUUUGAUGACCACCUGCAGGACCAGAUCGAUGAUCUCAGGCAGCAGCAACAACUGGGCCUGCAGCUGGUGGCCCAGGCACAGGACGCAUCAUCCCGCGGUCUGCUGCAGGAGCACGUGGCGGUGGUGUCAGUCAAGCUCACGCAGCUGCAGGACUUCCAGCAGCUGGUGCCGUGGAUGCGGAAGGCGGCGAAGGGCCACGACGUGUUCAUGAGCACCAUGCAAAAGGGCUCGGCGGCGGAGAAGGCGUUCCUGAAGGCGGCAGCAAAGCAGCUGCAGCGCCAGGCGCAGGCCGAGCGCGCGCGGGACCGGAAGGGCAGCGGCAGCGGCAGCGGGGCGUGGGCAGCGCCAAGCGACGACAGCGAGGAGGAGGCGCUGCCGCCUCCUCCCAAGCGGCAGCGGAUGGAGCCGGCGCCGGCGUUCAAGCAGCAGCCGCUCAUCGAGACACGCACCUGCGCGUGUUGCGAUAAGAUGGGCCACGUCUGGCGCAACUGCCCGGACCUACAGCGGAUGCCGGAGGCGGAGCGGACGGCGAAGAUCAAGCAGCUCAAUGAGCUGUACUCCGGCGACACGGUGGCGGCGACAAGCUCACAGGGCCAAGCAGCGACUGACAGAGGCGCAGAGGCCGCGAUAGACGGCGGGGCUGUGGAAGGAUUGCUGCAGACAGCCUUGACGGAGGACUGGCUGCUGUCGGCAGCCGCCGACGCAGCUGCGGGUGUGAUGCAGCGCGCAGCAGCACUACUGGCGGAGGAACAGCGGGUGGCGGCAGACACUGCAGUCGCGGCGGCGGAGGCGGCGGAGCAAUCAGCAGCUGCUGCGGUGGCAACUGCAGCAGCUGGCACGACCUGGUUUGGGCCAGAUGGCGUCAAGUUACGCACCGCAGCCUGGCAGGCAUACGGGUUCGACUCGCCGGCCAUCAGGAAUGAGAUCGUGUGGCAGUUUCACACGGAGCCGGCGGCGCGCACCGUCCGCAACCACGCAUCCGCACGGCAACACCGGCAGCAGCUGGGCGCGCACUUCGAUGCCAUGUUGCGGGAGGGAAUUACAGAGCAGUAUAGCCCGGCGGUGCAUGGCGCAGUGGAGAGCUUCGCAGCGGUAGUCAACCCCCUACACGUCGUGCCGAAAGGCGACGACAUCCGGCCCAUCAUCGACCCCAGCGCGUCCGGCGUCAACGCAUGCAUGCAGCAGCUGCCGUGCCGACUGCCGGACCUCGCAACGCUGCUGGAGCAGCUGCCGCGCAACGGAUACCUGGGCAAGCGGGACCUGGCGUCCGGGUUUCAUCAUUGUGUGUUGGCACCAGCAGCUCGGCGCUUCAUGGCAUUUCGCCACCCCGUCAGCAAUGCACUACAGCGCUACAUUGCCUUGCCGUUCGGCGCCAGCCAGAGCCCCGCCAUCUUCUGCGAACUGACGGCGGCAGCCACCACCAUUUUCCAAACCGAGUGCGACCGGCGCGGGCUGCAGGUCCGCAUCUUCACGUACUGCGACGACUUCAUGAUUGUCGGGCAACGGCACGUCGACGUGGUGGGCGCGUUCGAGGUGAUGGACGUGGUGGGAGCGGAGCUGGGCCUCACGUGGAAGGCGGCCAAGGACCAGGGGCGGGACGUGGCGUGUCAGCAGCUAGAAUUCCUGGGCAUGCUGUUUGACACGGUGCGUUUGGAGAUGCGCAUUACACCUGACAAGCGGCAGCGGUACGCAGCGGGGCUGCGAUCGCUGCUCGACGCAGCGGCGGCCGGCGCGGUACAGCGGCACGAUCUGGAGACCACUGCCGGCCGGCUCACGUUCGUUGCCCGCGCAUGUCGAUGGGGAUACACUUUCCUGCAAAGUGUCUACGACACGCUGUUCUCGACGCAGCAGCCGGCCCCACCCACAGUGCGGCUGGGCCCGGCGGCGCUCGAGGACCUGCAGUGGUGGUGGGAGGUGCUGCGGGCGGACUCCUCGCUUUGGGACGGCGCCCGACAAUGCACGGUCGCGGGACUGGAACUGGUGCGGGGGGAGUUCGCUGACGCUCAGAGCGGCGCCGUGGUGUUCACCGACGCCAGCGGGGCGGGCUUCGGCGCCGCGUGGGAGGAGGCGGAGCUGCAGGGAGUGUUCUCGCAGCAGCAGCGGCAGUCGCACAUCGCGUGGUUAGAGCUGACGGCGGUGGUGCGAGCGUUGCAAGCGUGGGCGCCGCGGCUGAAGGGCCGCAAGGUGCUAGUCCGCUGCGACAACACGCAGGCAGUGGCGGCCGUUAACCACGGCUCCACGCGCGUCAGGGAGGGGCGCAGCCUCUGCAGACAGCUGGCAGAACUGGCGAUACGGGAGGGCUUCGAGGUGCGGGCAGAACAUAUCGCAGGCGUAGAGAACGUGCGAGCAGACCGACUCAGCCGACAGCUGGCACAGGCACGGGACCAGAAUCUGCGCCUCAAGCCGGCCAUCUUCCAGGGCCUGGUGGUGGGCAGGUACCGGCCCACCGUCGACUGCUGCGCGGACGUUCUGGGCUUGAACGCACAGCCAGGGUGCAACGAAUUCUUCAGCCCGGAGCGCUCGGUGUUGGGCCAGGAGCAGCAGCUGGCGGGCAAGGUGCUGUGGGCGUUUCCACCGGUGGCGCUGGUGGGCGAGGUGCUGGCGACAAUAGCAGCAGCAGCACGCAUCAGCAGCGCCACCAGGGCGACAGUGGUGGUCCCGGACCAGCCGGACUACCACUGGUACCGGCGCUGGGUGCGGGGGCCGAGCGGGGCGGGCACCGUGUUUAAGACUAAGGGCAGACUAUCCGCCGGGCGGAGGGUGUGCCUGUGGCCGUGGGGAGAAGAGGCGGAGCCGGCGCCGUACGACUUCCUUGUAUUGGCGCAUCACCAAUGCCUGGGCGCCAAGAAGACGGCCUACCCGGGCGGCUGGUUCCGCUGCACGAACUGCGUGCUGGCGGCGGCAGGCGUGGGCGGCGGCGCAACGGCCAAGGCGUUAGCGGCAGAUUGGGUCGCGCUGGCCGGGGGGGAUGUGGCGGACAGCUCAGCCGGCGUGUACGCCACGGGGCUGCGGCGGUACGUGGCCUUCUGCAGCACGGAGCUCAACCUGCGCGAGCGGGAGGCGCUACCACCGGGCCGGAAGGGCGACUUGAACCCACACGCGGUCUGCCUCUUUCUGACGCACUGUAUUCGGCGGAAGGGCUUAGCGCACAAGACGAUGGAGGGCAACAUCAGCGCGCUGGCAGACUGGCAGCGCUCGAAGGGCGUCCACGGCGACGACCUGAUCAGCCGGCACCCGCUCGUCCGGCGUGCGCUGCGCAUCUUGAAGCGCGGCAGCGGGGGGGCCCAGCAGAAGCCACCGCUGCCGCUCUCCGUGCUGCGCCAGCUGGUCGGGUGGCUGGCCGUGGUGGCGGCACAGAACGGCCAGCAGGCCGAGGCGUGCAGCCGUGACGCCUGCUGGCUGGCGCUGGGCUUCUUCGGGAUGCUGCGCCGAGGCGAACUGGCGGCACUUCAGCUGGGAGACGUGGGACAGCAGAAGCCGGAAGGGCCGGUGGUGCUGGAGAUCCAGCGCAGCAAGACGGACCAACAGGGUGCGGGCGCAGCAGUACACCUAGCAGCGAUGACAGCCAGCCGCAUCCCUAUCGGGAGGAUUGUGGGCAGAUACAUACAGUGGCGGCGUGCGGCGGGGGCUGGCGACGGCGAUCCGCUCUUCGCGGUGGUGGGGCGGCGCACGGGGGGGCUUGGGAAAGAGUGGUUCACGCGGCGGCUAAGGAGCCUGCUACAGGCGAUGUGGGAAGGGGCCGCGGGUAAGCCGGACGCGGCGAGCUUCUCAGCUCACAGCUUGCGCAGGGGCGGGGCGACGGCAGCUGCCAACGCGGGGGUUUCAAUCGAGGACAUUAAGGAGCACGGCCGGUGGAAAUCGGACGCCGUGCGCGUGUACAUCCGCAAGUCAACCGUGGAGCAGCGGCGGCUAGUGGCGAGAAUGUGAGCAGAGUGGGGAACCGGUGUGGGGGGUAGUUUCUGCCCGGCGCAAGGUAGGCGCGGCGGGGCAGACCUGGUUUAGAAGGGCGGCGUUUGGUGGGCGCCGCCGGGCCGGGCGUGGGGAGAUGGAUCCCGAAUCCUCACCCGCACGGGUACGGCCCGCAAUCCCCCAUAUCUGUUUUGCUACUCCCUGGACAUAGCAUGAGUAGGUUUGCGAACGGACGCCGAAGGCGGUAACAUUGCUGAGAGAGACAGUACCGAGUGCAAGACGAUGCGGUGUAAUUGUGUGGGUGUGUUACAUGGGCUCCGACUCUCCGCAGCCCAUCAGCUCAAAGGGCUGUUUUAGGCGGAGAAAGGCUUUGCCCGCACGUAGCGUAAAAUAAGUUUUGAAGCGGGACUAAGGAAGGAGGGACGCCCACGGUUGUGAGAGGCGGGGGAAGGGGACAAGUGCGGACGAAGGCCUGGGGUCAAGGCGUGUCGAACCCCAUCGCUAGGCAAGGGCUGAAGGUAGUAAGCAUGUAGCCUCGGUAGGCUAUUUGUUAAGUCCUGUUUGGUGUAGAAUCGUGUCAGUAGGCAGUGAGAGGCUCGUUAGUGCACGGCACGCUAGUUUUGUGUUUCCCGCCCACCCACCCCUCGUUUUCCUGACCACAGUGUUAUGUUGAAGGCCGACAGUGGGGGCACUGGUGGCGACGCUAUUAUGGUUUGACUUGUCUGGUUUGCCAGAGGACGUGUCCGGGGGGGUAGUUUCUGCCCGGCGCAAGGUAGGCGCGGCGGGGCAGACCUGGUUUAGAAGGGCGGCGUUUGGUGGGCGCCGCCGGGCCGGGCGUGGGGAGAUGGAUCCCGAAUCCUCACCCGCACGGGUACGGCCCGCAAUCCCCCAUAUCUGUUUUGCUACUCCCUGGACAUAGCAUGAGUAGGUUUGCGAACGGACGCCGAAGGCGGUAACAUUGCUGAGAGAGACAGUACCGAGUGCAAGACGAUGCGGUGUAAUUGUGUGGGUGU